AGGCACAUGCGCACCUCGGAGGGGCGGGGCCCGGAUCGUCCUAUAGUCAUCGGGCCCUCCCGCCUAGCCCCGCCCCCCUCCGCCAGCUUCCCCACUGACGUCACUGGAGGCGCACGCGUAAUUCUCGGGGGUUUCCCGCGUGGCCCCGCCCCUGUGACGUCACUCCGUUUGUUUUCCCCACUUCCGGUGUCGGCGGGUGGAGGUCGGGAGACGGGAAGGACCUGGAGCAGAUCAGAGAUGCCUGGCAGAGCAGGUACAUCAAAGAGUAAGCCUCAGCAGCUCAAAAAAACCCCAAGAAAAGGUGUCGGCGAUGCGGGUGAGAGGUCAGGCCAAGAGAUCAAUCAACCAACCCUAAAAGCCAAGAAACGACCAAGGAGUCUGUCUUCUGAAGAGAAAAUGCGUCCAAACUCUAAAAAGGUCAAAUUAGUCGCCAAGAAAAGAGUAAAAUGGAAGCCUCUUACAAACGAGAGUAAGGAGCAUUUGCAAGCCAUGAUGGAUUCUGUAAUUCUGUCUGUCUUGAGUCGGAAAACGGAGGAUAAAGAAAAUAUUCAAAGUCACCUCAACUGCUUGAAGGAAAGACUUUUUACGUUAUGCGAAACCCUGGAAAUCCCUCCAAGAAAGCUGGAGAAUCUGAAAAAAAUGCAGAAACUUAAGGCGGUGGAGGUUCAGCAACUGAAAACCAAUGAAGAGAGUUUGGAAUUACUGCAGAAAGAAGUCGACAAAGUAGUAGAGGCCGUACACCUGAUGAGUGAAGAAAUCCAAAGCCUCCAGGCCAAAAUUCAGUUUCUUAAGGAUGAGGUGGAAGACGAGGAGGACAAGGCGAAACAGAUGUCUCAGAUGGAUCAUAGUAAGACCGUCACUGUACCAGAACUCUCUGAAAGAAGUUUUAAAGCACCUCUGCUUCAGGAAGAAAUACUGAUGAGGAUCCCAAACCAUGAAGGUCUUCUGAAGGACUUACACACUAUGCAGAAUUCAGCUGAAAUGAAAGACAUGCUCACUUUUGUGGAAGAAGCCUACAAGAAGCUCCUGAAAAGUCACUGAAUAAAAUGUUUCCGCCAUAUUUCCAAAAAUGCCUAAAGCCAGCGAAGCCCGUUUGACCCCAGGGGAAUAUUUUUACGCUACCACCGAAGGGAAAAAGAAGCUCUGAAAAUUGCAAGCCGCUCUGUCGGUCUGGAGGCCGUAAACCGGUGUCCUUGGCCCCUGGGUCCUCUUCAGAGUUUGGGUGGCUCACAGUGAAAAUCCAACCGCCCAGUCUUCAGAAGGGUAUCCUUGUGGGACUUGUCGUUUCAGCUUUUUUUUAUCUAGAGCUACACAACUAAAAGGGGGCAAGCCUUACCCAGCUGGGGGGGCCUCAGGCUAGGCCACGGCGGCUCCAAAGGGAGCCAGAUGCUCUGUAACCCCGGCAAAUGAAGCACGGUACCGUGAGCGUCUCUUAAACGUUGCUGCUGUGGAUCUCAGAGCCUUUGCCGUGACCUGCUGGAUUCUGAGGUUCUCCCCGAUCUGAUCCCCUGCUUUUGAAACCCCCUCUCCUCCCGUCUCAGUUUUUGGGAGUUCAAGCAUGGUCACUUUUCCCCCUCGUCUGAUGAGGAGGGUCGAAGGUGAGUCAGCUUCCAGGAGAAAUGUGGGGAAUGUGAGAAUUGGAAUCGCCCUACCUGGUGACCUUAUUUUGCUUUUUGGCGGAUGGCAUGAUCCAUUCAUUUACAGGGCUGGAUCAUUUUAUUGUCAAGGAAUAGUUAUAGGUCGCGAUCGCGUGUUCGAUUACUGAAGUCCUAUUCUGCUCUACUCACACUUCAGUUGUGUGCACUUGUAUUUACGGAGCGCUUACUGUGUGCAAAGCCAUGUACUAAGCGCUUAUGAUGCGGCGACAGAAGAGAUCUCCGUGUCCUUUUCACAGACAGAUUUUCGGAGAAGUGUAGCUCCCGGGAGAUUUGAUAUCAAAGGGUAGUUUAUUAAAGUGUAUGAUUAUUUAAAACUCUGUGAGUGGGCUGUCACUGAAGUUGUACAUUUUGAAAUCUGGUUUUAAACACAGGAGUCUUGCAUGGCAUGCUUUCAGAAGGAAAUCCCUUGAGCAGAUAGGAGCAGGUGGAUGGCAGGAAACCGUGCCGCUUCAGUGUGUUGUGAAAUAAAAUAUUUUCUUAAUGUAGAAAUCUCUUGUUUUGUACACCAGCAAAUGUAGAAGACACAGUAUCUGAUUUAUUAAAUUGAAUUAUUAUAAAUAUCUGAUUUAU